GUUGACGUUUCUAUAUUUUGAAAUUGACGCACUGUGUUCUUGUGCGUGAUUUGCAAUUAUUUACAAAUUAUUGUUCCAAAAAUAAACAAAAAUGUUUCAGUUCGGGUUCAAUAUGUUUCACGAAAUAAGCAGGCCAUUUAACAUGACCUAUAGAUGUUAUUCUGUCUCUAUGUUACCAGGGAAUGAACGCCAGGAUGUUGAAAGGGGUGGAAAAAUUAUUAUGCCACCAUCAGCUUUGGAACAAUUAACUAGAUUAAACAUAGAGUAUCCUAUGAUUUUCAAAUUAACUAACAAGAAAACAAAAAGAGUUACGCAUUGUGGUGUCUUGGAGUUUGUCGCUGAUGAGGGAAAAGUUUAUUUACCACAUUGGAUGAUGGCCAACUUAGUACUAGAGGAAGGAACACUAUUACAAAUAGAGAGUGUAUCACUGCCAGUUGCCACAUUUUCUAAAUUUCAACCCCUAUCUGAAGAUUUCCUUGACAUCACAAACCCUAAAGCAGUGCUGGAAAACUGCUUGAGGAAUUUUUCAUGUCUCACAACUGGUGAUGUGAUUGCAAUCAAGUAUAAUUCUAAAGUGUAUGAGUUAUGUGUCUUGGAGACAAAGCCUGGUAAUGCUGUUAUCAUCAUUGAAUGUGAUAUGAAUGUUGAAUUUGCCCCACCAGUUGGUUAUAAAGAGGAGGAACACAUUCCAAGACGUGACAGGAAUACGGAAUCAGGUAUGGACGAGGAUCCAGCUGAGAUGAUGCCAGAGGCAAGUGGCUUUGUGGCCUUCAAGGGUGAAGGGAACAGAUUGGAUGGAAAGAAGAAGAAGCUGACCAGUGAGAGUGAUUCCGAACCUCAAGCUUCUAAUUCCAGACAACCAUAUGUUCGAGGCAUACCAGACUAUGAUUAUGUCAUUGGUACACUGAGAUUCAUCAGAAAUUCUCGGCCAUCCAGUGCUAAGGAAGAGACUCCAGUUGAAACAUUCCAGGCUUUCAAAGGAGAGGGAUUCACACUACGGACAGCUAAAUCAAAGAAUUGAGAAUUUAGUUCAAUAAGAUGUGUUGUAUGGAAAAUUAUUUAUAGUGGCUAAUUUUAAUAAAUACUUUAAUAAUAGA